AUGAUCGAUUUGGCGGAGAAAAUUGCUACGAGUGUUGUCAUGGGCUCCGUAAAAUCUAUAACAGGAUGUUCAAAUAAUUUCAUUUCUUGUAGUUUGAAAAAUAUAUAUAAGGAAGUUCAAGAUGAUAUACCAGGAUUCACGAUUCCAACUCAUGGUAAUCUGACAGGAUGGGCCAAGCAAGGUGUUCUGUUACUUAAUGCUUGUCUCACAGUUAGAGCAAACAAUCCCAACUCACAUAAAGAUCAGGGAUGGGAGACGUUCACUGAUGCUGUGAUCAAGUGGAUCAACAAUAACCUUCGAAAUGUGGUUUUUCUUUUGUGGGGUUCCUAUGCGCAAAAGAAAGGUGCUUGCAUUGAUAAGAAGAAACAUUGUGUUUUGAAAUCAGCCCAUCCAUCUCCCCUCUCGGCUUAUCGUGGUUUUUUUGGCUGCAAACAUUUCUCCAAAGCAAAUGAGUAUCUCAAGAAGAUGAAAAUAACGACAAUAGAUUGGUCAAGUCUUCCUGUUGAUGCCCAGUGACCAUGAAAUUGACAUGUUGAACAGAAAUGUUAACAACCAGAAGACUAAUGUGAAAAUGUCACAUAACUUUAACGUUGCUAAUCAGUACCCUCAAAUCAAUAUUUCUGACUUAGGGCCUCCAUAAACUAAGUAUUUUCUUGUCUACAACUUUUCAUAGUCGACAACUAAAUGUAGUUGACAAACAACACUUUUUGGUUAUUGCGGUUUCCCUUGCAAAAAUGAGAAAUUGCUUUGUCGACAACUACAGUUUUACAUUUUCAGUUGCCGACAACUUAUUUAGACGGUGUUUCUUGUUAGUCGACUACAUUUAGUUUUUGACUGUGAAAAGUUGUUGACAACAAAAUACCCAGUCUGUGGAGGCCCUAAGUUUCAAAGUUGGCAUCAAAAGAAAUGUCGAAAGUGACGUGUAAAACGCACAAUAGUUAUUAGUCUGAAAGAUUUGUUUGUUUUCAUUAUGUUACGUUGCGAAUGAACGCUAUUAAACUGCUUUCGUAUUACAGAUAGUUAAUGAAAAUAUUAUUGUUAUCGAUGAAAAAAUUAUUGUAUGAUUAAAUUUAUAUUUUAUGUA